UUUGAUUACUGUUUUUCACAGAGGCAAAAGGUCAUAUUUGAAUUGCAGACCUGCUUUGGCCUUUUAUUUGCUUUUUAAGACUUUUGUUUGAUAUAUGUUACUACAUCCUCUUGCUGCUGAAAUAAGUGACCAAACACACAUGGGGCCAGUCUAAACAGGUGCGCUCUAACGGAAGAUGGGAUACAGUCUCUCUUUUUGCAGAAGCAUGAAGCUGUUCAUUUUAAUAACCCUGUUUGGGCUCAGCCUCACACAGCACAACCCGCAUUUCAAGCAUGGAAGGACAACAAUUGUCCACCUGUUUGAGUGGCGCUGGUCUGACAUCGCUGCCGAGUGUGAGCGCUUCCUGGCUCCGAAAGGGUUUGGUGGUGUUCAGAUUUCUCCACCAAAUGAACACAUUGUUCUGGACCAGCCAUGGCGGCCAUGGUGGCAAAGAUACCAACCAAUCAGCUACAAUUUAUGCUCCACAUCAGGCAGUGAGGAGGAAUUUAUAGACAUGGUCAUCAGAUGCAACAAUGUUGGGGUUAAUAUUUAUGUGGACGCUGUCAUCAACCACAUGUGUGGAAGUGGUGGCGGAGAGGGAAACCACUCCUCGUGUGGAAGCUGGUUCAGUGCCAGCAACAAGAACUUUCCAAGCGUCCCGUACUCUGCUUGGGACUUCAAUGUGAACAAAUGCAGAACGAGCAGUGGCGACAUAGAAAACUAUGGAGAUAUUUUUCAGGUGCGAGACUGCCGUCUGGUCAGUCUUUUGGACCUUAAUUUGGAGAAAGACUACGUCAGAGGCAAAGUGGCUGAGUACAUGAACAAGCUAAUUGAUUUAGGUGUAGCUGGAUUCCGAGUGGAUGCCUGCAAGCACAUGUGGCCUGGCGACCUGGAAAAUGUUUACGGUCGUCUUCAGAACCUCAACACAACGUGGUUUCCCAGGGAAUCCAAACCUUUCGUCUUUCAGGAGGUUAUUGAUUUGGGAGGUGAGGCCAUCUCUUACACUGACUAUGUCCAUCUGGGCAGAGUGACCGAGUUCAAAUAUGGUGCAAAAUUGGGAAAAGUCUUUAGAAAGUGGGAUGAAGAGAAACUGUUUUACACAAGGACCUGGGGAGAAGGGUGGAGCUUCAUGUCUGAUGGMAAUGCCGUUGUCUUUGUUGACAACCACGAUAACCAGAGAGGUCAUGGGGCAGGUGGCUCAUCCAUCAUAACUUUCUGGGACUCCAGACUCUACAAAAUGGCAGUCGGCUACAUGCUUGCUCACCCCUAUGGAGUGACCAGGGUCAUGUCUAGCUACCGCUGGAACCGAAACUUUGUGAAUGGAAAAGAUCAGAAUGACUGGAUGGGCCCUCCAAGYAACACUAAUGGAUCCACCAAGUCUGUCUCUGUUAACCCAGACCAGACAUGUGGAGAYGGAUGGGUGUGUGAGCACAGAUGGCGUCAGAUCACAAAUAUGGUGAUUUUCCGUAAUGUGGUCAAUGGACAGCCUCAAACCAACUGGUGGGAUAACCAGAGCAACCAGGUUGCCUUUGGACGUGGUGAUCGUGGUUUUAUAGUUUUUAACAAUGAUGACUGGACCCUUAAUGUGACCCUUAACAMYGGUAUGUCAGGUGGCACAUACUGUGAUGUUAUUUCUGGUCAGAAGGAAGGCAACACCUGCACUGGAAAGCAGAUUCUUGUUAGUCAUGAUGGGAACGCCCACUUCAAGAUCAGCAACUUAGACGAGGACCCCUUUGUUGCUAUUCAUGCCGAAUCAAAGAUUUGAUAUGUGAUGUCAUUAUUUAAUCAUUGUAMGUUUACUGACCUAUUACCUACAGCAAUAUUCCUCAGAGUGGGACACAUUUAUUUGCUUUAUUUCUAAGUGCAAAUGUUCAAUAAAAAAGUGAGAGCAAAAAAAUAAUAGUCCAUAUGUUUCACUCAAACCUCAAAGCCAAUGACAUUCAAGCACACAGGAUCCUAUAAAAUCAGUUAGGUAUUAUCAAAGCCACAUACAGUAACAAAGUCAGCCUUAUAUCACCUGAAGAACAUUUCCAGGAUUAGAGGACUAAUGUUUCAGCAAGAUGCAUAGAAACUCAUCCAAUCGUAUUGAUUACUGCAACAGUAUCUUCACAGGUCUGACUAAGAAAUCUAUUAGACGGGAUUCAGUAAAACCAGGAACAUAUAGCACAUCACCCCAAUUCUUAAGCCCUCACUGGGUCCCUGUAGCUCAGAGAACAGACUUGAAAAUAUUGUUGUUAGUUUAUAAAUUACUGAACAACUUAUCACCAUUAUUU